GCAAUGCAUACAUGCAUAUGGAUAUAUAUAUAUCUAUAUAUUCAGUCUUGAUCUUCCCUAGAGAUUGCUCGCUGCUUGAACCUUCUUCCACUACCCUGGGAGGAGCAGGCACGCAUGAGAGUCUAUAAUAUGUGAGCGACUCGGUCCUCAAUCGUCCAAGAAUACAACACACUGGAAAGCAAAGCAAGGGCGCGCCGAAAACAUGAUGCAUCUCGGAAUUUCAGUCACGCACACUCUGGCCCUGUCACUAGCACUGGUGACAGGUGCUUUGGCCCAACAGCCGUUCAAGUCGGAAGUAAUCACCAGCCAUCAGGAGCCAUGGGCGAUAGCCUUCCUGCCCGACAAUCGAAUCAUCGUUAACGAAAGACGAGGCAACAUGCGUCUCGUAGACCCGGCCACUAAGACCGCGGGCAGCAUCACGGGAGUACCUGCGGUAGCCUAUGGAGGUCAGGGCGGACUGCACGACAUUGCGCUGCACCCCGACUACGCGAAUAACAGCAUGGUGUACAUCAGUUACGCGGAGAGCGGCAGCGGUGGGGCGGGAGGCGCCGUUGCGCGGGCCAAACUGACGCUGAGCGGCACCGGCGGUGCGCUGUCGGGGGUCGAGGUAAUCUGGCGGCACUCGCAGAGAGCCUCAGGCGGGCUCCAGUUCGCCUGUCGUCUACUCUUCGGCCCUGACGGUGCCCUCUGGAUCUCAUCGGGCGAGAUCAACCAGAUGACACCCGCUCAGUCCAUGACGGGCAACUUGGGCAAGAUGAUUAAGCUGUACGACAACGGCACCGCUUUCGCAGGCAACCCCUUCGCCAGCCAGGGAGCCAUUCAGUCGCAGAUCUGGUCGCUCGGCCACCGCAACCCGCUGGGUAUCGACUGGGACGCACAGGGACGUCUCUGGGAAGUAGAAAUGGGCCCCAUGGGCGGCGACGAGCUCAACCUCAUCGAGUCGGGCGCGAAUUACGGCUGGCCGGUCGUCUGCGAGGGCAGCCACUACGAUGGCCGCACCAUCCCCAAGCACAGCACCCGCCCCGAAAUGACGGCCCCCAAGGCCUUCUGGGUCCCCGUCAUCUCCCCCUCUAGCCUCGUCAUCUACAAGGGCAACCUGUUCUCUAGCUGGAAGGGCAACGCCAUCAUCACCGGUCUCAGCUCGCAACAACUUGUGCGUGUCACUAUCACGGGCAAUACGGCCAAAGAGGCCCAGCGUAUCCCAAUGGGUAAGCGCAUGCGCGGUGUUCGAGAGGACAAGAACGGCGCUCUCUGGGUCAUCGAGGAUGGUGCAAAUGGUCGCCUCAUGAAGCUCACCCCAAACUAAACUAAACUGAACUUGUGUAAGCAAGAUACUAGGGAGAUUAGGACUGUAUGUAGAUAAAGGUAGAUAUCUUAUACUGUUAUUUCACGCGUUAUCAACUUAACGCAUUAAUCUAGGACAUGACUGCUUCCUGUUUUCAGUGUCCUGGAGAAAAGCUUAUCUACCUAAUAUACCUAAUUACCAUCUACAGCCCCGCCCCCCACCAAACGGCGGGUCAGGCAGGAAAAUCUGUUGUCAAUGUCUAAUGGCCGUAUGUAUAAGGACAUGCGUUUGUCGGGAACAAACCAUUGCUCUCUGGAUCAACGAACAUUAGCCAGGAAUUC